AUGUCUGAUAUCGCCACAGAUACCAAAAAGGAUAGCAGCGAUGUGAAAAAAUCCAAUCCUUUCCGCAGUCGUUCCGAAGAAAGUCAAACAUCCAAGCCAAGGGAUAGUGGUGUAAAGCGUCAUGCUGGUGAUUCAUCACAAGAAAAUCGUAACAGACGUAGCCGUAGUCACAGUCGCCAUGACCGAAAUACACGAAAUGAUCGGAAACGUACCGAUGAUAGUAGUCGUGAUUCACGUCACAGACGUAUAUCUCCCGAUAACCGAAGCUAUAGCCGUGGUGAUCGUGGUCGUGAUCUUAAUCGAGAUUCUCGUCGUCGUUCACCACCACCACCGUCUUCACGUUCUAGACGUGAGGUUACCACACCGGACCGAUUACACGAACGUAAACGUAAAUAUUCAGAGGAUCGUCAUUCGAGACGUCGUGAAAGUCACAGUGUUGAGAAGAAACAAAAAUAUUCACGGUCACACUCCCGGCAACGUGAUGUCACCAAAACAAAAUCACCCAAAAAGGCAAUCAGUCCAUCACGAUCCCGUUCGAGAACACCACGACGCAGAAGUGUGGAACAUAGCAAAAUGUCGCAGAAAGAAAAAUCUAGAUCCAAAUCUCCCAUGCAAAGGGAAAAACGUAGAACUUUAAUGUCACCAAGGGAUAGGAGACAUUCAAGGUCACCAGCACCACGACCUGCAAGUGGUAAAUCUAAAACGCCCGCAAUAAAAGAAAGACGUAAAUCCAGAUCACCGGUAGUAGUAAAUGAAAGACGCAGAUCUAAGUCACCUGAAAGACGUAGAUCUAAAUCGCCAAUUAUAUCUAAAUCGCCAAGACGACGAUCUGUAUCAAAAUCUUCGGCGGUAAGAGAUAGGAAAAGAUCUAGAUCUCCCAUAGUGAGGGAACGAAAUAAAUCUAGAACUCCUGUUAAGGAAAGGCGUAGAAGUAGGUCAAAAUCCCCCGUCAAGAGGAAAUCGAAAUCACCUCUUUCGAGGGGAAGACAAAGAUCUCGUUCACCUGCUGCUAAGAACGAGCCAGUAAAACGUAAUCGAUCUGCUGAGAAUCGCAAUAAAAUGGAACGCCGAAAACGUGAAAUAUCCGAGGAAAAACACACCUCCAAACGUCAACCAUCCGAGGAGAGCAAAAAAUCAAGUUCCUCUAAGGCUUCCAAGGGCACAAAUAGUAAAAUUCCUGCAAGGAAACCACAACGUUCACAAUCUGCCUCAUCUACAUCGUCCGAUUCGGGUUCUUCUACGGCAAGUGAUAGCUCUCGUUCGCCAAGUCGAUCUCCCCAAAAGAAACACAAAGUGGAUGAUAGGAAACCACAACGUAAAUCUAGAUCAGCUAGUCCAAAAUCAGCUGCAACAACAUCCAAUAAUCCAGAAAGGUUGAAAUAUUUACGUUCUCCAGCAAGACCAAACGCCGGAGGAUCUGCUCGUGAUACGUCAAUAGAUGAACGCAAUCGACGUGACAACACUCCACCCAGACAGGAGAAAAAUAAUUCAUCUCCCCGUUCAUCUAGAGAUUCAUCCGAACUUAGCUAUUCUCCCGCUAGACGUAAUCCCGAACGUUAUCGUGACAUUUUGGAAAAUGCCAAUAAACAAAAAUCGGAAAAAUCACGCAAAGAUACCACGGACGAUGGACGUAAAGAUCAGAAAAAAUCUUCGUCAUCAUCGAAACGAAGCGAUGAACUCUCAACUGAUGGUAAAGAACAAACCAAACGCAGUCGGGAUGCCACCUCAGAUAAUAGCAAGCGUGAUAAAACGCACUCACUCAAGCCACGAGUACACCUCCAAUCGCAAAGUGAAGAUGAAAACAGUGACACCGCUGCUGAGCGUAAUACGGAAAAGAUUCUCGAGGAAUUUCAAGAGUCCAAACGUGGCCGGGAACUAAAGGAUCUGAAAAUGCUCGAACAGCUGAAAACCGGAAUUGCAGCCAAGGCUAAGGAGAAAAUUAAGACCAUUGAAAAAAUGGCCAACUCUUCGACGGCCAUGUCCGCCUCCACAUCUGCUGGAGGAGAUGUAAGUGAUCAAUGCUAUGCUGCCUCCAAGCGGGGUAUACGCAAUUCUCUAAAUGACUUUUUGGCUGCGAAUAACAAGGCGCCGGCCGUUGUUGCGACCUCGGCGCAGAAUAUUACGACCAAUUCGCCGGCCGGUGCUAUUUAUCCACAGACAUUAGAAGAAAUAACCAAAGAACAAAAGUCUCAGACGCAGACAAAAGUUAGUGAGCGUGCGAGUGAAGAGGCACCGACGACGGAACGUAAAACGGACACAGAGACGCAGGCUGAUUGCAAGAAGCCUCCAAUGGCUGCAAAUGGUCAUGCGAACGCUAGUCCAAAAGUAAACACCAGACCACCACCACCGCUCUAUUGCAGUGGUGUGGAAAGAGAACGCAAGCGUGAUCAAUAUCAUUAUCAUCGUGAGCGUGACGCCAAAGAUAGUAGGGACCUUAAACCACGAGAGACUCUUAACCCGAACCAGAAGGAACGCUUCAAUGAUCGCCGCCAAAGGCAGUCGCCUUCAGCUUAUGGUGGUGGUGGGGGUGCAGGUGGGCCGAGACGGCCCAACAAUCUGCAUAUGCAUCCGCCGCCACACAAUCACAAUCACCGACAAGCGCGUAUGAACGGCAACAUGGGUGGUGGCAUGGGCGCUGCUGGUGGUGGUCCCCACAAUCAUCAUCACCAUCACAACCAUCACUUAGGCAAUCAUCAUAACCAUCCGAACUCCCCCUUUGCUAACUCAAAUGCUAACCACUCUCUAAACUCGAAUAACAAUAACAACUCUCUUAACAACCUCUCUUUCAAUCGUCCUAGUCGUAUUAACAACACCCCCCUUAUAACCGCCACCCAAUUCAAUAACCAAAUGCUUAGUAAGCAAUCGAACAGUAUUCUAGUCAAUCGUCGUGAUCAUCGUACCGCUCUAACCUUGGGCUUAAGUGCCACCCCCUGUACUAACUACUCCAACACGAAUUUGUUGCUAACCAAAGCUAAUUUGAAUAGCGCCACAGCCGCUGCUCAUCAUCAGCUACAUGGUUUUCAGCACCAGCACCAUCCGCAUCAUCACCACCACCACCAUCAUCAUCAUCAUAGCAAUUCGAAUUCCGCCUCGAACAGUUCUCAAAUAACCGAUCGUAUUUUAAUGGCCGCCUCAAUAGCGGCCGCCCAACGUCACAGUUUAGGACUGAAUAGCGCGACGGCGAAUAGUUUAAAUCUGUUGCAACAGCAACAACAACUAACAACAGCUAACUCGAAAUCAAAAAUUGUAAUAAAACCUUUUAAAAUUAAUGAUUCACAGCCUUUGGUUGCCCUGGCCGAUUCAUCGCUGGUAGAUGCCAUUGUCUCGAAGGUGUCGACGGCAACCGUGGCAGCGGCCGAGAGUGCUGCUAGACGAAGUCGUAGUCGUUCGCGACGCAGUCGCAGUCGUACCCGCAAGGAUGAUGGCAAUGGUGGAGGAGGAGGUAAUGGAGGUGGAGAUCGUGAUACCACGGGUGGUAGUGGACGUGGUCGUUCUAAGUCAUCACAUUCAAGAUCAUCGUAA